AUGUCCGACAAGACUUCGUCGUCCGUCGGCCCCAGGAGUUUCGAGACGAUCUCCGAGGAGGAUGUCGAGUCGCCGUGGGAGAAGCUGUUGGGCGAAGUGAAGACAGCCGUGCCCACCAUCAUCAAGACGAACGCUUCGAGUGCCACAAUUUGCAAGGACGAGGUCUCCGCGAACCCGCAAGCCGUGGACAUUGAGUCCAACAAGCUGACGCGCUCAAAGAGCCUCAACCAGAGAAGAAACAGCAGUGGCCUCCUUGCUUCCAUACCGCGUCAACUGAGACUUUCCCUCCGAGGGGUUCGUAGUGAACCUUCCAGUGUAAAGGACGUCCCGACGACCAGAAACGAUAGCUCCCUCAACCUUCUUCUCAAAUAUCGCCAAGCCCGCUACGCGGCGAGGCGGGUCAGGAAGCGCGUCAUCUUCAAACACGGCGACUGCAACGUCGUCCAAUGGAACGUGGCGAAGCGCAGGCGCCGCUACCUGCAGGACAUCUUCACGACCCUCGUGGACGCGCAGUGGCGCUGGACGCUACUCGUGUUCGCGCUCUCCUUCAUCCUCUCCUGGCUCCUGUUCGCCCUCAUCUGGUGGCUGAUCAUCUUCACCCACGGGGACCUCAGCCCCCCGCCCCCCGGGAACGACACGCAGUUCGUCCCCUGCCUCAACAACGUCAACUCCUUCACCGGCUGCUUCCUGUUCUCCGUGGAAACUCAGCACACGAUCGGCUACGGGUCCCGCACGACCAACGAGGAGUGCCCCGAGGCUAUAUUCGUUAUGUGCAUACAGAGCAUAGUCGGUGUUUUCAUCCAAGCCUUCAUGGUGGGGAUCGUGUUCGCGAAACUUUCUAGACCAAAGAAACGGGCGCAGACCCUGCUGUACUCAAGGAACGCCGUAAUAUGCCUGCGCGACGGCCAACUGUGCCUGAUGUUCCGCGUCGGCGACAUGAGAAAGUCUCACAUUGUCGAAGCCCACAUAAGGGCACAAGUUAUACGCCGCAAGGUGGGUCUUAUUUUCGCGAAGCUGGCGAGGGCCAAAAAGCGCAACACGACACUCCUGUUCUCGAGGAACGCCGUGAUAUGUUUGAGGGACGGCGAAUUCUGCCUCCUAUUCCGCGUGGGGGACAUAAGAAAGUCGCACAUAUUAGAGGCCCACGUCCGCGCACAGUUGAUACGGAAAAAGAUCACAAGAGAAGGGGAGGUGCUGCCGUUCUACCAGCAAGAGUUGAAGGUGGGCGCGGACGGUGAAGAGGACAGGCUCAUGUUCAUAUGGCCCAUGACCAUCGUUCACAAGAUCAACGAAAAAUCGCCGCUCUACAACCUCUCCGCUUCGGACAUGCUCAGAGAGCGAUUCGAGAUAGUCGUCAUGUUAGAGGGAGUGAUCGAAUCCACAGGUAUGACGACCCAAGCCAGAAGCAGUUUCCUACCAUCCGAAAUUUUAUGGGGGCAUCGUUUUGAAACUAUGGUUUCGUUCAGGAAGGACACGGGUGAAUAUGAGGUCGAUUACACACGCUUCAACAACACCUACGAAGUGGAUACUCCCCUGUGUUCCGCCAAGCAGCUGGACGAACUUCGCGCCACAGUCUCCACCUCCCAGAAGUUGGACCGCAUGCUGGGCACCAUACCGAAGACGUUCUCCAACGACACCCUGGACCUGAGCUCGGUGGACUCGAUUUCGCUUGACGAGCACAUCGAGAUCAAGAUCCCCGAGGCGAGGGUCCGCGAGAACAGGCUGAUGGCGCAGAACAACUUCGUGCAGCACAUCAACGAGAAGCUGAAAGGCAUCAACCACGCGCACCUGGCGGUCGAGAACCCGGAGCUGCCGAAGAACCACUCGAUGACGGGCAUCACGGAGCCGAAGGUUCUAGAGAGCAACGCGCAGAAAGACGGCAUGCACCGGAGCCACAGCCACGCGAGCAUGAAGCGGCCGCACGGACUCACGCCGAACGGCAUCGGAGUCAACGGACACCACGAGCACAAGGAGCAUCAUAGGAUAAAAAAAUCGCCAAGUGACAACCACAUAGUGGAACCCCCAGCUCUGCCCAUACCGAUACUGGUCACGUCACCUGAACCGGAGCCCGCA